AUGUGGACCAUUCUGAGAAUCACCAAGUUACUGUUGGUAGCCUUAUUUUCAUUGGUUUGUUCUUCAGUUACAGCUACUGUUUCCUAUGAUGACAAAGCUAUCAUCAUUAAUGGCCAAAGAAGAAUCCUUAUUUCUGGUUCUAUUCACUACCCUAGAAGUACCCCUGAGGUAUCAACGCCAAUGUGGCUGUUUAUGUGGCCUGAUCUUAUACAGAAGGCUAAAGAUGGAGGCUUGGAUGUUAUACAAACUUACGUAUUUUGGAAUGGCCAUGAGCCUUCUCCCGGAAAAUACUAUUUUAAAGGGAGCUAUGAUCUCGUCAAAUUCAUCAAACUGAUACAGCUAGCCGGCCUUUAUGUUCAUCUCCGAAUUGGUCCCUACGUUUGUGCUGAGUGGAACUUUGGGGGAUUUCCUGUUUGGCUAAAGUAUGUACCAGGCAUAGAAUUUAGAACAGACAACCAGCCUUUCAAGAUAGAGAAUGAAUAUGGACCAGUAGAGUGGGAAAUUGGAGCUCCUGGUAAAGCCUACACGAAAUGGGCAGCCAAAAUGGCUGUGGGUCUUGGCACUGGUGUCCCGUGGAUCAUGUGCAAACAAGAGGAUGCCCCUGAUCCGCUUGUUUCCAUCCUAGCAAGCCUUAUAAACCCAAAAUGUGGACAGAAGUCUGGACUGGCGGUGGAAGUUCUGAUCAGUUUAUCUGUUGGUUUCCAGUACCAUGGUGGAACAAAUUUUGGUCGGACAUCUGCUGGUCUUUUUGUUGCCACUAGCUAUGAUUAUGAUGCCCCAAUUGAUGAAUAUGGAUCACUGAGGGGACCAAAAUGGGGACAUUUGAGAGACUUGCAUAAAGCCAUCAAGUUAUGUGAACCAGCUUUGGUUUCGGCAUAUCCUACAGUGACCUGGCUUGGCAAUAAUCUAGAGGCUCAUGUAUUUAAUUCAAAGUCGGGGGCUUGUGCUGCAUUCCUUUCCAACUACGACCCUAAAUCUUCAGUGAAAGUGACCUUUCAAAAUAUGCAAUACAACCUGCCUCCUUGGUCCAUCAGCAUUCUCCCCGACUGCAAGAAUGUAGUUUUCAAUACUGCAAGAAUUAGCUCCCAAAGCUCGCUGAUGAAGAUGAUUCCUGUAAGUAGUGGAUCGUUCCCUUGGCAGUCAUACAGUGAAGAAACUCCCUCUUCUGAUCAAAGUGAUACUCUUGCAAUGGAUGGGUUGUGGGAGCAACUAAACGUCACCAAAGAUGUCUCAGACUAUUUGUGGUACCUGACAGAAGUCAACAUAGCAUCUGAUGAAGGAUUUUUAAAGAAUGGAGAAAACCUAGUUCUCACUGUUAUGUCAGCUGGUCAUGCCUUGAGUGUCUUCAUCAAUGGUCAAUUAUCAGGAACUGUAUAUGGGGGAUUGGAGAAUCCAAAAUUGACGUAUAGUGACAGUGUGAAGUUAAGAGCUGGCAUUAACAAGAUUUCCUUACUCAGCAUUGCAGUCGGUCUUCCGAAUGUUGGCUUGCAUUUUGAAACAUGGAAUGCGGGGGUUCUUGGUCCAGUUAGCUUGAAGGGUCUCAAUGAGGGGACAAGAGACUUGACUAGACAUAAAUGGUCUUACAAGGUCGGUUUAAAAGGUGAAGCCUUAAGUCUCCACACAAUCAGUGGAAGUUCUUCGGUUGAGUGGGUAGAAGGUUCAUUGGUGGCUCAAAACCAGCCUCUGACCUGGUACAAGACUUCUUUUAAUGCUCCAAGAGGAGAUGAUCCAUUAGCUUUAGAUAUGAGUAGCAUGGGAAAAGGUCAAAUAUGGAUAAAUGGUAAAGGCAUAGGACGCCACUGGCCUGGAUAUAUAGCACAUGGUAGCUGUAGUGACUGUUGGUAUGCUGGAACAUACGAUGAGAAGAAAUGCCAAAGUAACUGUGGAGAGCCUUCUCAAAGAUGGUAUCAUGUUCCACGCUCGUGGCUGAAGCCUGGUGGCAACCUAUUGGUUGUGUUUGAGGAAUGGGGCGGCAACCCAACUCAGAUUUCUUUGGUUAGAAGAACAACAGAAAGAGUCUGUGUUGAUAUUUUCGAAGAGCAACCUACACCACAGAAUUGGAAUAUGUUAUCCUCUAGGAAAGUUAAUAGUCGUCAACCUAAAGCCCAUCUGUGGUGUGCACCAGGGCAGAAAAUCUCGAAAAUACAGUUUGCUAGUUAUGGAAUGCCUCAGGGAACAUAUGGAAGCUUCAAAGAGGGAAGUUGUCAUGCUCACAAGUCAUACGUCGCAGUUGAAAAGGUAUGACAAGUACUCUGCAUGGUCAGUAACAAUUAGAACUCUUGCUACAAUUACUGAAUUGAACCUCGGCUAAUUAUUUUGUCCUGCUUUGGAUCAAUUGUUAUUGCCUUCAAAUUUCUUGAUUUAAUUUACUUGUUUUAUUCAGUUCAAAAAAAUCAUUUGUUUUAUCCAUAACUUGUAUCUCGGAUGAUGACGAGAUUCUGCUGCAGAAUUGCAUAGGGAAGCAAGCUUGUUUAGUGACUGUGGCUCCUGAAUUUUUUGGAGGAGAUCCAUGUCCAGAUACCUCAAAGAAACUGUCGGUCGAAGCUGUUUGUAGCUGAACUCUAGCACAAUUGUGUUAAUAAAAUAGAUGAAGUUCAAGAUGUAUUCAUAUACAAGCUUACAUAUACAAAGUUACACAGGCCAUUAGUUUGAUUUUUGGGAGUCCAUUUGUACAGUAGUAUUACACACCUUUUGGCCAUACCAAAAUCUCUAACGGUGAAUGCAAAUAAGCUUCAUGUGUAUAAAUAAUCGUGUAUAUUAGCCUCUUUAUGCUACUCAACGAUUAAGAGAGCUUGCUACGGUUACAUGCAAAGGUUUCCAUCCCUAGAAGUUCUUGGAUAAAGCAUACAGCUUGCAUAGGAAUAAAUUUUCUUCUGUAACCAUACAUCUAUGAGAAAGCAAUCUUGUUACUCCUAUACUUGAAAUAACACAGCCUGGACAAUAAGUAAUUGGAUUCUUAUGGUCUACACUAGCA